GUUAGGGGCUCAGAGCGGUGUUGCUAUGCCAGCCAUAUUCCUGACCACCUUGUACGAAUAUUCGCCCCCCUUCUACAUCGCUGUGGUGUUUGUCUGCUUCGUGGUGACCUGUGGGUUGGUGCUGGGGUGGUUCGGUGUGGACGUUCCCGUCAUACUGAGGAAUUCCGAUGACUCCGCCUCCAACACCUUCCUUUCCAGGAGGCAGAUGGUGCAGGUAAAGAAUCCCUUCGGACUGGAGAUUGCAAACCCCGACGGCGCCACAAUAGCAACGGGAGUGACGUUACGACCACAUUGCCUGGAGGAGAGCACCCUGACCUGUUACUGGGGCUGCAACGUGCAGAAAGUGCAGGAGGCCCUUCAGAAACAUGUCUACUGCUUCCGGAUAACGACCCCCGGGGCCCUGGAGGAGGCCUUGUACAGCGAAUACCUAUACAGGGAGCAGCAUGUCGUCCGGAAAGAAAGCAAAGAAGACAUUCUGCUCCGGCUGCCGGAGGACAACGAGAUGGAGGAUUUUGGCCCGGUUCCCCGCACUCGUUAUCCACUUAUAGCCCUGCUGACGUUGUCUCAUGCGGAUGACCGGGAGUUAUACCCCAUUGUCUCAAUGCUGAGUGUCAUCCAUAUUCCGGACAGAAGUUACAGACUCCCGUGCAGGAUAAUCUAUCAGUACCUGCUCACCGCACAGGGCCAGUUCCAUGACCUCAAGCAACUUUAUAUGUCUACGAGCGAGCACAGGUCGGAGUCUACAGAAGCCGAAGACAACCAGGAUUGUUCCAGGGAUAAGGAACUACUGCAGAAGUUUGGACUGUCUGAGGAGGAGGAGGAGGAGGAAGAGGAGGAGACACAAGAGGGCAGGGGCAAGGACUGCGUCGUUUGUCAGAACGACACGGUGAACUGGGUGCUCCUGCCGUGCCGCCACGUCUGCCUGUGCGACGGCUGCCUAACGCGAUUCCAGCACUGCCCGAUAUGCCGGCACUUUGUGCAGGAAAGCUUUCCGCUGCGCAGUGGGACGCCGCCAACAGGAUGAAGGAAACGG